AUGGGACGAGUAGAGCCGCCGUUCAUGUAUGACCCGCCAUCCUCCAACCGGUUCUCUGGUGUUUCCGAUAAAUUUGACCCAAAAUCUGUUACGCGGGAAAGCUGGACCCCGCGCGAACCUCGGAUGGAAAUAAAAGGACCUCUAGUGAAUUUCAAUACACAUCCGGAUUCUUAUAUUGUGAUUCCGGAUGGAAAAUUUAACAAGAAAACAAUGAGCCCUAAGACAAAGCACAGGAUAAAGUACACGAGAACCUUUCAACUGGUCUUGAGAGUUUGUACCUUGAUCGGAAGCCUGGGACUGCUGUUCUGCGUCAUAUGUAUCAAUAAGACAGCCGGUGUAGUGUCGUGGAUGAUCCGUGUAGCAGAAUCAUAG